AUGUCGGGCUAUCCAGCCGGUGGCCACCAGGACUACGAUGACGGCUACGGCCAGCAGCGUGGUCAACAGGGAAACCAGCAAGGUAGCACUGCAAACGAUGGGUACUAUCAGGACAAUAACGACCAGUACUAUUACGACAACCAAGGCUACGACGCUCGUGGUGGCCAACAGGGCAACGAUGGGUACUACGACGAAUCGGGCUAUUACAAUGCUGACCCCAACAAUCCCUAUCAGCAAGAUGGCGGUUACUACGACGGCCAGGACCAGUACCAGGAUGACUACUACAAUGGACACAAUGGCCAGCAGGGACAAGGGGCGUACUACGACCAGGACUACAACCAGGGCUACGGCUCAGGUGGCCGACGUCAGGGUUCUGAAGAGGACUCUGAAACCUUCAGCGACUUCACAAUGAGGUCCGACAUGGCUCGAGCCACCGAUAUGGACUACUACGGUCGUGGGGAUGAGCGCUCCAACAGCUACGGCGCUGAUCCCUCGGGCGGCCGCGGGUACAGGCCUCCCUCAUCUCAGAUCUCGUACGGCGGCAAUCGCUCUUCUGGCGCCUCAACUCCCAACUACGGCAUGGACUACAGCAACGCCCUUCCUGCUGGGCAGCGAUCUCGCGAGCCGUAUCCUGCUUGGACUUCGGAUGCACAGAUCCCGCUCUCCAAGGAAGAGGUUGAGGAUAUCUUUCUGGAUCUGACCGCCAAGUUUGGUUUCCAGCGUGACAGCAUGCGCAACAUGUACGAUCACCUCAUGACUUUGCUAGAUUCGCGUGCUUCUCGCAUGACCCCCAACCAAGCGCUCCUGUCCCUUCACGCAGACUAUAUCGGCGGAGACAACGCCAACUACCGCAAGUGGUACUUUGCCGCUCACCUCGACCUCGACGACGCUGUCGGUUUCGCCAACGUAAAGGGCAAGGGUCUCAAGCGUAAGAACAAGAAGAAUAAGAAGAGCAAGGACCAGACCGAGGAUGAGGCGCUGGCCGAUCUUGAAAAUGACGACAGCCUCGAGGCUGCUGAGUACCGCUGGAAGACCCGCAUGAACCGCAUGUCACAACACGAUCGCACCCGCCAGAUCGCCUUGUAUCUGCUGUGUUGGGGCGAGGCGAACCAGGUUCGCUUCAUGCCUGAAUGUCUCUGCUUCAUCUUCAAGUGUGCGGAUGACUAUCUCAACUCUCCGGCUUGCCAGAACCUGGUUGAACCUGUUGAAGAGUUCACCUUCCUGAACAAUGUCAUCACGCCUCUAUAUCAGUAUUGCAGGGAGCAGGGCUACGAGAUCUCGGAUGGCGUUUACGUGCGCCGGGAACGUGAUCACCAUCAAAUUAUUGGCUACGAUGAUUGCAACCAAUUAUUCUGGUAUCCCGAGGGCAUCGAGCGCAUUGUCCUUGGCGACAAGUCCCGCUUGGUUGACCUCGCCCCUGCCGAACGCUAUCUCAAGUUCGCAGAGAUCAACUGGCCCAAAUGCUUCUUCAAGACAUACAAGGAGUCCAGGUCAUGGUUCCAUUUGCUUGUUAAUUUCAACCGCAUCUGGAUCAUUCAUCUUACCAUGUUCUGGUUCUACACCUCUUUCAACGCACCAAGUCUGAUCAUCGGACCAUCUUACGAACAACAAGUCGACCAAGACCCUGUUGCUUCCAAGUACUGGUCUGUUGUCGCUCUAGGUGGCAGCAUUGCCUCCCUGAUCCAAAUUUUCGCCACACUUGCUGAAUGGGAAUACGUCCCUCGCGCUGGGCUGGAGCGCAGCAUCUGA